AUGAAAAGUAGUGUUCGGCCAUCUCGAACUAGUGCUACUCGACAAGAGCCAACAUCAUCCUACAGAUCAACAACAACAAGAGGGAACGUUAAUCUACUAACAAGUCAGAUUCAAUCUGGCAGUAUGAAUAUUACACGAGGUACUCAUACAACAAAAGCAUCUCCGGAACGAAUUAUAUCAAAUCCCAUCAAUGGUCGAAUCUCAAAAUUUGAUCGACCUGUAACAACAACAACAUUAUCAGCUGCUCAACAGAAUGCUAUACGGCGACCAUCAACCGAUAGUGUGACCAUGCGAACACGUUUAUCAAGUCAUGAUCGAACGACAACACUUUGUCGUACUCCACAUGUAAUUGGUGCUGUUAUUGAAUCUUCGAAUGAUCAUCCUCCUACCAAAGCAGAAGCGCAGUCACCAACCUCCGCAUCUGCAAAUCCACCACCGACUAUUUCAUCAAUUGAAUCAAAACUGAUGCUCGGUGGUUUGAAGGGGCUUGCAAAUCUAGGAAAUACGGUUCACAUGUAUGAAUGGAGAACGAGCAAUUCUAAUACAAAACCAUUACUAUUGUUCUGUCUUAUGGAUAAUCUCGAAAGUUCAUUAAAUUUAUCCUCAACAAGCGUAAUGAAAGGUGGUUUGAUGAGAGAAUUUGUUAGUUUCAUUAAACGCAUGUGGUCAUCUGCCGAAAGUCAUUCAAUUAUUAGUCCGUCGCAAUUUAAAAAUCAAAUAGCAAGAUUUGCACCAAGAUUUACGGGCUAUUCAGAACAAGAUUCACAAGAAUUUCUUCGAUAUUUAUUACAAGGACUUCAUGAAGAUGUAAAUCGUGUUCAAAAAAAACCGACACCAAUAAAAAUUGAUGAAAAAGCUGAAGAACAAAUGAAUGAAAAAGAUCUCGCUAAAUUAAGUUGGGAUAGAUAUUUGAGUUUUGACAACAGUACCAUUGUGGAUAUAUUUGUUGGACAGUUAAAAAGUACACUUGAAUGUUCUCAUUGUGGAUAUCAAUCCAUCACUUUCGAUCCAUUUUGGGAUCUCUCUGUUCCCUUACCUCGGGUAAGCAAAAAUAAAUCGAGUAGUACACUACAAGAUUGUAUUCAAUUAUUUAUGAGUAGAGAGGAAUUGGAUGGAAAUGAAAAAGCAAUGUGCGCUAAAUGUAAACAAAAACGUCGAUGUACGAAAAAAUUUUCUAUACAAAAAUGUCCAGAAAUAUUAGUUUUACAUUUAAAACGUUUUUCACAAUCACGUGGACGGACCAAGUUAAAUACAAUGGUUGAUUUUCCGAUCACAAAUUUGAGAUUAAACGAUUUAACAGAUGUUUUAUCUGAAAGUUACGAAGGACCUGAUCCGAUUUACAGUCUUUUCGGCGUUUCAAAUCAUAGUGGAACUCCUUACACCGGGCAUUAUACAGCGGCUUGUAAACAUCCUUUUCAACUCAAAUGGCAUGAAUUUAAUGAUUCAAGCGUUUAUCAAUUAAGUCAACCAUCGCGUAUCAUUAGUCCAGAUGCUUAUGUAUUAUUUUAUGAGAGAGUUUAA